CGCAAGACUCCACGAGAUUGUCGAAAAGGACUGAGGUUGACUUCGAAUAGCAGCGCUGACAUGAACUUCGGGCACGAAUUACCAGAGGCAUCGGUCGUCUUGACAGGCGAGAUGAUGUCUAAAGUUCGGGUACCCGAACUCGUACUGGCGGUGAUACGGGUGACAGACGUGGAUCGCGGUGAUGGAACCGCCAUUCGUGAGCAGCGAUUUGUCUUGGGGAAACUCUUACCAGUCGACACUGUCCAUAAAUGUUUGGGUAGCGUUCAUGUAUUGCCGGACUUCCUCUUGGGUGCAUUGAUCAUUCGUACCCGAAUAGUCUUGACAAGCCCACUCGGUCACCCAUAUAGGCAUUUGGAAGGUGUUGUGAAAUUUGUUCAAGUAGAAAACGCACGUAAAGCGAUAAAGUCGACACCACAAUCUGUGCCACAUUCGGCCAAAAAGUCUCUGGUCCAGUUCUUGCCAGACGGAGGAGAGGAGCAAAGUCCAGAUUCUUCCCUUGAUCAUUUGCCCAAGAUGACCAUGUAUAGAGCCAUAGGAGUGGUCUGCGGAUUGUUCCAUCCGAGUCCUGCCUUGUUUAUAGAGCCGCAACUCGCCUCCUCCACCUCCACCACCAAUAAUAGGAGAAGGAAACAAGCUUGGUAUAGCAGUAGUUUGACUUGGUUGGGAUAUAAGAAAGAUGCUCAGAAGGAGAAUUGUUUGAAUCUGGCGCAUAUAAAUCAUUUUGAGGUUAAUGUUGUGGUGUAG